ACGCGGCGUGUCGCGCGCGCGCCCGCGAUGAAGCGAGGACGCGCCUCCUCCGCGGGAGGCGGCGGGAAAGGCGGCGGCGGCGGCAGCGCGCAGAAGUCGCUCACGAGCUUCUUCUUCACGAAGCCCUCGACCGGCGGCGCGACGACGACGAAGGCGACGACGACGACGACGACGACGACGCCCGCGUCGAAGAAGCGCGCGAGGACGGACGGGAGCCUGAGCGCGGCGAAGCCGCCGACGCCUUCGCAGUCCAAGGGCGGCAGCGGCGGCGGCGGUGAUGACGAAGAAGACGCCGCCGGCAAGGGCGCCGCCGCCGCCACCGCCGCGACGGAGGACGGAGGAGGUGACGACGACGAAGACGACGAUCGCGAUGAUCUCGCGCCGACGACCGAGCGGAUGCCGCGGAGCGAAGUCGACGCGAUCCUCGCUGCGCUGCCCGCGUCCAGACCCGACCGCCACGCGGCGUUCGUGAAGAAGCUCUCGAGGGACCCGCGACGCCGCGACGGCACGCGAGGAGGACGCGGCGGCGUGGACGGCGAGGGAGUCGAGGGAGGAGGAGGAGAGCGGGAGGGCGAUGAGAAGGGAACGAACGACGACGCCGACGAAAACGCCGGCGGCGGUUCGAAGAAGAAGAAGCCGGCGAGCGCGGGGAAGAUGACGCCGCUGGAGCUCCAAGUGAAGAAGCACAAGGCGGACCACCCCGGGGUGUUGCUCCUCAUCGAGGUCGGGUACAAGUUCCACUUUUACGGCGAAGACGCGCACGUGGCGUCAAAGGCGCGUUCUAUUCUACACACUGGGUCCCUCGCUUUCAAUCCCGACACACCUCGACGCCUUUCAACUUCAACUGACGCCUUUCAACUCCACCCCGACGUCGGUCGCUUCGUGCGGAACGCCCCCAAGGCGCUCAACAUUUUCGCGUACCAAAAGGGCAACUAUCUCACCGCGUCCGUGCCCGUGCCUCGGUUGCACGUGUACGUCCGCAGGCUCGUGGAGCGCGGGCACAAGGUCGGGGUCAUCCGUCAGACCGAAACCGCGGCGUUGAAAGCGGGCGGCGAGACCGACGCCGGUAAGGGCGGCCUGUUUGAAAGGAAGCUCGUCGGGCUCUACACCAAGAGCACGCUGGAGGCGGGCGUCGCCGUCGACGCGUCGGGCGGGACGAACGAUAAAGGCGAGUCCGUAACCGCCGCUGACGGACGGUUUUCGUCGUACCUCCUCUGCAUCGCGGAAGAGCCCGUCUCAUCCUCAUCAUCGAGUGACGAAGGCGGCGGCAGGGCGAGGAUCGGCGUCGCCGCCGUGGACGCGUCCACGGGGGACGUCCUCCACGACGAGUUCGUCGACUCGUCGCUUCGCGCGGAGCUCGAAGCGCGGUUGCUCCGCGUCGCCCCCGCGGAGAUCCUCCUCGUGGAGCCGCUCUCGACCGCGACGACGAAGCUCGUGAAGACGAUGUACGGCGACGACCCCCGCGGCGGCGGCGCGAGAGUGGAGGCGGUGGCGCGAGGGAGCGGGUACGGCGACGGCGGCGCGGCGGCGGCGGUGGCGGCGUCAAUCGCGGAGUUUGGCCGCGACGGCGACGGCGACCGCGACCGCGGCGCGACCGCCUCCACGUCGGGUGGUUCGGGCGCCGCGGCGUCCGGCGCGGCGGUCGCCGCGAUCGAUCUCCCGUCGCAAACCUUGCGCGCGGUCGCGGUCGCGUUCGAUUGGCUCCGGCAGUUUGGCCUCUGCGGCGUCCUCGCGUUGACGCCCGCGUUUCGACCGAUGCGCGCGCGUCGAGAGAUGAACCUUUCCCCGAACGUGAUGCGUCAGCUCGAGCUGCUCCGUUCCAUCGACGGCGCGCACAGAGGGUCGCUGCUGUGGCUCAUGGGCUCGAACGCGCGCACGCCGUGCGGGAGCAGGCUCGUUCGACGGUGGGUCUCGCACCCACUGACGGACAAGAGAGACGUCGAGAGACGGCUGGACGCUGUGGACGAGUUGAGGACGAAGGCGGAGGACGGCGGCGGUCACGGCGGCGUGUUGUCCGACCUCGCGGCGUCGCUGAAGGCGGCGCACGGCGGCGGCGACUGCGAGAGGUACCUCGCGAGAGUGUUCCACGGCACCGCGACGCCCGCGGAGCUCGUCGCGGGGUUGUCCGCGGUGAGGGAUUUCGCGCGUCUCGUCCGCAACGCGAAGGCGAAGGCGGCGGCGGGGCGGGGCGGCGAAAUCGACGCCGCCGCCGCCGACGACGACGACGAGUGCGCGUCGCUCGCGUCGUCGGCGCUUCUUCGCGAGUACCUCGACGCCGCGUCGGACGCGUCCGUCGUGCACACGUGCGACAGGUUGCUCUCCAUGGUGGACGUCGAGAACGCGACGAACGGCAAGGCGACGGCGGCGACGGCGCUGCUUCCGAACGCGACGAGAUUUCCGCGGCUCGAGUCGACGCGCGCGGACAUCGCGGACGCGGAGAAAGCCCUGGAGGACCUCCUUCCGACGCUGCGGCAGAAACUCAUCGACGCGGGGAAGAAAGAGAAGGGCGGCGGCGGCGGCGGCCUCGCGCUCGUCCCGAGGCUCGCGUACGUCACCGUCGCGCUCGUGGAGUACCUGAUCGAACUCCCGGACACGCUGCGCGGCGUCCCCGCGAAUUGGGCGAGAAUGUCCACGAACAAGUCGAAAAAAGUCGUGCGGUAUCAUCCCCCCGAGGUCGUCGCCGCCGCGGCCGCGCUCGAGCGCGCGAGGGAGCGCCACGUCGCGGAGUCCAAGGCGGCGUGGGCGUCCUUCUUGCGCGACGACGCCGCCGGGAACUUUCUCGAGCUGCGCGCGGCGGUCGCCGCGGCGGCGGGGCUCGACGCGCUCCUCUCCUUCGCCGCGCUCGCGCGCGGAAACGCCGGGUACGCCAGGCCGACGUUUCUUCCAGACGACGCGCCGCCGGCGCUGCGCGUCGACCGCGGACGACACCCGAUCCUCGACGCGAUGAUGCCUCCCGGGAAGACGUACGUGCCCAACUCCGCGAGCCUCGCCGAGGACGGCGUUCGCGCGCUGGUCAUCACGGGACCCAACAUGGGCGGCAAGUCGUGCUUCAUUCGUCAGACGGCGCUCAUCGUCGUCAUGGCGCAGUGCGGAUCGUUCGUCCCCGCGGCGAGCGCGGAGAUGACGGUCAUGGACGGCGUGCACACGCGCAUGGGCGCGAGCGAUAACAUGGCGAUGGGCGCGUCCACGUUUCUCGAGGAGAUGUCGGAGUGUUCCUCCAUCUUAGCCGCGGCGUCGAAAAAAUCGCUCGUGGUGUUGGACGAGCUCGGGCGAGGCACGGCGACCACGGACGGCACCGCGAUCGCGCACGCGACGCUGGAACACCUCGUGUCGAACGCGAAGUGCCUCACGCUGUUCGUGACGCACUACCCGUCCGUCGCGAAGGAGAUCACGGCGAAGUAUCCGAAGCACUGCGCCGCGGCGUUUACGAGUUACGUGCGCGUGCGGAGGAACGGGCGCGUCGCGGCGAGAAACAAAAACGAAAACGUCGACGACGUCGAGGGAGGACCCGGCGCUGGCGCCGCCGCCGCCGCGGAGGAGGAGGAGGAGGAGGAGGAGGGCGAAGAGGGGGACCGGAUCGAGUUCUUGUACUCGCUCACCCCCGGGGUCGCGCAUCGAAGCUUCGGUCUGAACGUCGCGCGCAUGGCGGGCGUUCCGGAGAACAUCAUCCGACUCGCGGGGCGGAAGGCGAAGGAGCUCGAGGAGGCGACGACGAGGAGAAGGUCGUCUGGUAUGGCGUUGACGAACCACGAGGACGAGGACGUCACGCGGGCGAAGUUUAAGACGGUCGUCGACGCGAUGCGCGCCGCGGAGGCGGCGGAGGACCCGGAGAAGGGCGUCGCGAUCAUCGCCGGCGCGCAGGCGGCGCUCAGGGGAUGGGGAGGGUGA